CUUGUCGGGGACCUGCGCGGUGGCGGUCCCGAGUGCUUUAAAUGUACUGUACGUGCAAAGAUGGCAGCUGAAGUCGACUUGGUGCGUGCGAAAGUAGAAGAGGAAAAGGCGAGGGGCAGUCUAGAUCGAUUUAUCAAAGAGAAGAAGAAGAAGAAGAAGAAGAAGAGGGACCUGUCGCCGUCGGCUGACAAACGGGAGAGGUCUGAGAAAGAAGCGAAGAAAGUGAAGCUCCAUCACCACCACCACCAGCAGCACCAGCACCACCAGCACCAGCAGCACCAGCUCCUCCUCAACCACCAGCACGCUGAGCCCCGGACCCAGCAGCUGCGGCAGAAUCCCAAACCGCACAACUUCAGCGCGGGCAAACAUGUCCCGCACAGCCAUCAGCACAGCCACCCCCACCACGACCCCGGCCUCGCCAACGGUGCCGGGAAGAACCUGCAGCGGACGGUGCCGGAGCAGCUGCCGAGGAAGCGAGCGGCGCCGUCCGAGCCACCUGCGCUCCUCACUUUCACGCCCCUCAAAGUGGUCAAGGCCAAGCCCCAGGAUUUCAAAGAAAAGCACAGGGACAGAGACCUGAAACUGAAGCUGAAGAAGGAAAACGCCGAGGCAAACGUGAAACACGCGGAGCUCAAGAAGAAGAAGGAGCCGAGGCCUCACAAUGAGAACAUCAAGUCCCUAGCUCUGGAGAAGUAUCUCCUGAAGAAGAAGAAGAAGAAGAAGAAGCAGCAGCACCGCGAGGACGAGCACGGUGCCAAGAAGGUCCGGUGCGUGCACAGCAAAGCAGUGCAGACUGUGUGCGCGGGGCUUGGGGCAGAUCUCGCGCUGCCCGUUUGCGCCGAUCCGUCUCUGGCCGGCACCGCGAAGAACGAGAGGAAUCGCCAGCCCGGCCGGCGCGCCGUCGCCAACCACCAACCCUACCUCCAUGCUCUCAAACUGGGACACGUGCCGUUCCUCUCCCACCAAGAUCACUACAUCCGCAGCUCCUCCCUCCAUACGGGCACCUGGUAUGGACACCUCAUGCACGAGGAGAGGCAAGCCAAUGGCGGGGGCUCGGUGCUGCACGCCUAUGCCGAUGAGUUAGCUUGCCUCAGUCCGGCCGAGAUGGAGUGCUUUGCCCAGGAGUUCCUGGAGCUGGCCUUCGCUGAGAAGCCCAGGGGUGCAGCCUCCUAUGCCUUGGCAGUGGUGCACAGCGCGGCCGCCUACCUACCUGACUUCCUGGACUACUUUGCCUUCAACUUCCCCAACACGCCAGUCAAGAUGGAGAUACUGGGCAAGAAAGACAUUGAGACCACCACUAUUGCCAACUUUCACUCUCAGGUGAACCGGACUUACUGUUCAGGAACUUACCGGGCCGGACCCAUGAGGCAAAUCAGCCUGGUGGGAGCUGUGGAUGAGGAAGUCGGAGACUAUUUCCCCGAGUUCCUUGACAUGCUGGAGGAAUCACCCUUUCUCAAGAUGACCCUACCAUGGGGCAGCCUCUCCAGUCUGAAGCUGGACUGUCGCUCUCAGAGUGAUGACGGGCCCAUCAUGUGGGUGCGACCAGGAGAGCAAAUGGUACCCACUGCGGACAUGCCCAAGUCUCCUUUCAAACGACGCAGGUCCAUGAAUGAGAUAAAAAACCUGCACUACCUGCCGAGGGCCAGCGAACCCAGAGAGGUUCUGUUUGAAGACCGGACUAAGGCCCAUGCCGACCACGUGGGUCAGAGUUUUGACUGGCAGAGCACUGCUGCUGUUGGGGUACUGAAGGCAGUGCACUUUGGAGAAUGGAAUAACCGACCUCGGAUAACCAAAGAUGUAGUGUGUUUCCAUGCCGGGGACUUCAAUGAAGUUGUCCAGAGACUGCAGCUUGAUCUGUAUGAGCCCCCGGUGUCUCAGUGUGUCCAGUGGGUGGAUGACGCUAAGCUCAACCAGCUGAGGAGGGAGGGGAUCCGCUACGUCCGUGUCCAGCUCUGUGACGACGACAUUUACUUCAUCCCGAGGAACGUCAUCCAUCAGUUCAAGACGGUGUCUGCGGUCUGUAGCCUGGCCUGGCACAUUCGGCUCAAACAGUACAAUCCGGAGGAGAAGGUCAAGGAGGAGGAGCAGCAGCCCAGUGAUCUCAGCCCCACCUCGGGCCGAGUCUCUUUUUCCCUCCCUGCCAGGCCGGAUGCCACCGUAACCCCCUGUGCGAGACCACAGGGAGACAAUAUCCGAGGUGGGGUGGCCAAGACUGAAGAACCAGAGUUCCAGAGGCCAGCAACACCUCCCCGGGAGCCCCAGCCCGCCCCUCCACAGCCCACCAAAUCUGCUCACUUGCCACCAACAUACCAGGAUCCCCACUUUUCUUUGGCACCAGUCCACUCUGGCUGUACGCCUUCAAGAGAGCCUACACUUCCGAAAGCCUUUGGCCACACCGCAGAGUUCCCUAAAUGAUCCUUCUCACCCUCCGCGACCCCUCUCUCUGUCCGCCGCGGGAGGAGCAUACAUGAAGGAGUUCUAGACUAAAACUGACAAUUGACUGUCAAUCAGGAAGCCUUUCGACUUAAAUUAUUCUUCACGCUUUUUAAAAUCUUUACACGUCGGUUAAAAUGUCCCCUGUGGUAUCUUUUGUUUUGUGUUUUUUCAGCCAAAGUAUGCUGUUUAAUCAUACUACGUAAUACAUUAUGUUAUUUUUUUUAUGUAGUCGCACCUAAACUGGAACUCUCUGCUGUCUCAUUGAAAAGUGUGUAUCGUGUCAAGACAGUAUUAUUUUUAGACCGUCAAUCUAAGUCGCUACAUUUACUGCAAGAGACGAUUUUUUUUUUUUUUUUAAUUUAUGUUCAAGGCUCAGCUGUUAUUUUCUGGCAGAAUGAUUUCACUGAAGAACUGAGAUCACAAACGCAGGUGGAACUGAUUGUUUACAUACUUAAAAUAUGAUUACUCUGCAAGCAUGAUACAGACAUUCUGCUUCAUUAGUUUUCACUGACGAGGGCAUGUAGACUGACCUUACCCAGAAGACACUGAGGCGUUGUCAGUUGUCUGCAAAGUGCGGCUUAGGCCUUUGCUAUGUGAAUCAAAUUGGAAUUGGUGGCUUGGCCACAGCCAGUAAAGACAGGAAAAUCAAAACAAGUUGUCUUUUAUUUUGAGACACGUUAAAGCAUUUUCAUAUAAAUUGAGGAAGAGACAUUUCCCCUUAUUUUGAAACGAAGCGACAUACAAUUAUCUAAUUAUGCUACAAGCAGUUAAUUACAGCAAAUCUUUAUUUAAAUGCCAUUUUAUACGGUGCCCUUUUUCUUACUGUUGAUACUGUUUUUGAUAUUUUAUUUAUUUUCUUAAGAUUGAACUUAACAUGUGAACACAGGUUUAUAACCAGUGAUGAAUAUUUAAUGAUCUAAUUAUAGGAGCUCCUCUAAAUGACAAAAGAAUUACAGCUAUUGCUAUCAGUAAUAAUUGUCUGUAUCUUUUCUUCAGGUGUGGAGUAUGUCUUCAGAAUUUGGUAUGUAAAUAUUAUGCCAUGCUGUUAUCACUGGGAAUAUGUGAACGCCGUCAGUGGACCCAUUCCUCAUUUGAUUAAAAUCCUCUCGCACUUUUAGUUUUGACCGGUAAUGUCGCCAGGUUGAGGAAGGCAACUGUUGCAGAAGGUUAUCGUGGUUGUAUUCACUUUUCUGAGUGUAACUGCUUGGUAUCAGACCGACUCCUUUUCUUACAGGUCUGAAAAAAAUUUCACAGAAUGAGAAAUUCACAUUUCGUCUGAACCUUACGGAGGCCUUCAUUCUGCAGUCUUCUGAAGUGAGCUCUAUAAUGGAAGUGAUAAUGUGAUACCGCCUUUCCUCUACCACUGACUACAUCUUAGUGCCUUGUACUGUAUUGUACCGUAUAGGGUCAGCCUCAUUUAAAACUGUGAGGUUUACUUGUUGGUGAGCAGGAUGUAAAACGGGGAUUGGCCAAGCAGCCAUAGUGUAUCAUGUUUUUAUUUUUAUUUUUGUUUGUUUGUUUGGUUUUUUUUAUAUAAAAAGAAAAUGAUGGUCACGUGAUGCUUUUUGAUUUCCACAUCUGCACGUCACCUGGAAGCAAACAAUAAUUAUCGUAUCAUAGUGUUACUGAAAAUCAUGCCUUUCAUACAUAUUAGAUCCUAGUCAGGAAGCAUAGUGGUUAUUUUCGUUUGGCAGAAAUAUGGCUGUCAUCUUGACUUACGAAAUCAAUGUAGAAAUAAAUUAGUCAAGUUACAAUACUGUCACAUCAGCCUCUUGUCAUAUUUGUUGUGAUGCUCUGUGUUCUAGACCAAUGAUUGUUGUUGUUAAUGUUUGUACGAAGACAUUUUUAAUGAUUUUUUUUUUUUUUUUUUCCAGUUUCCUGGGUGAUUAGUUAAAGAUAGCGUAAUUCUGGUACCAAUGUGAUUCAGUCUUGUUAAGUAGGAAAAAACAAUGAAAAUGCACA